AUGUAUGUAUCAUUAGGAGGAGAAGGGGUGAAUCUUGACAUAUAUUAUAGGGUUCUUGGGUACAGUUUGGACAUGGGCGUAAAGAAAAUGAGGCACUAUGAGAACAAGCAAGCCAACUCAGGCUAUUUGGGAACCAAGUAUGUGGAUGAUGUGAGAGAUAAUUCUAGCAUAAAUGUUGCCUCAUUUGGAAAGAAAAUANACUAUGAGAACAAGCAAGCCAACUCAGGCUAUUUGGGAACCAAGUAUGUGGAUGAUAAAUCCACUGAUGGUGCGGCCUCCAAUGCUGCUACAGCCUCUAAUACUGCUACUGCCUCCAAUGCUGCUACGGCCUCUUCUUCUAUUGCAGCUUGCACUAUUGGUCCUAGGAGUGAUGCAGUUGGGAGAGGUUCUGGGAGUGGUGUCGUUAACAGAGGUUUAGUGCAGCACAAAGGCCCACAUAGGCUAGUCCAAUCCCAACCUAUUCAAAUUGCUGGGAUUCAACUUAUUGGAUAG